AUGGGUUUUAGCACAAAAUGGUACAAAUGGAUAAGAUUUGGUUAUUCAACUGCAUCAUUUUCUGUGUUAAUAAAUGGUUCUGCAUUUGGUUUCUUUAAGAGCAAAAGAGGAGUGAGGCAGGGUUGUCCUAUGUUUCCAUUACUUUUUAACAUUGAUAUGGAAGGUUUUUCAAGGUAUCUGGACAGGGAUGCAAGCCUAGGUUUGUUCAAUGGAUUUUCAGUGGUAAAUGAUGGUCUGGUGGUGAAUUAUCUUCACUAUGCUGAUGAUACUAUCUUUUUCUUGGAUAAUAAAAAAGAGGAACUUACAAAUUUAUUCUCUACUCUUCAUGUCUUUGAAUUCAUUGCAGGCCUGAACGUAAACACCUCCAAAACUAGAAUUAUAGCAAUUGAGGAGGUAUCUGAAUUAAAUGCUUUGGAAGAUGAAUUUGGUUGCAAGACAGAUACACUGCCUUUCUUGUAUCUAAGAAUGCCUUUAGGAGCUAAACCUAGCAGCACAACUAUAUGGAAUCCUAUACUUGAAAGAUGGCGAGGUGAAACUUCUCUCAUGAACUCUUUCAAUGAUCUGUACAAGCUUGACAGACUGCGAAACGCAACUAUUGCUGAGCACAUCACUGUAGAAGGGUCGUGGAAGUUUGAUUUUAAAAGGAUUCUUACUUACGGAGAAGCAAACUCUUUAGCUGCUCUUUUCCAUUUUAUUGGUUAUGAUCCACCGGCUAUGGAUACUCUACCUGAUACAAGAAGAUGGCCUUUACACUCUGGAGGUAUUUUUUCAGUUAAAACUUUAUAUGCAAAAAUGAUCUAUGACGAUGGAAUUGAUAAUUCCCCAUACAAUUUUGUGUGGGUUUCUGGCAUUCCACCAAAAGUUAACUUCCUUUUAUGGUGUGCUGUCUAUGGUAAGUUAAACUCACAAGACAUGAUUCAAUAUAAGGGGAUUGACAUACAUAGUUCCUGCAUUCUCUGUGGUGAUUGUAAUGAGUCUCAAGAUCACAUUCUUAUACACUGUAAAGUCGCUCACAAGAUUUGGUCAUCCAUAACGCCUAAUGAGCAGUGGGCAUGGGUUUUCCUGGAAUCUAUGUUGAGCCUUGCAAGCGCAUGGUUCAACAAUAAGUUAUCAACAAGUGGUAAGGUGGUUUGGAACAUUAUUCCUGCAGCUGUAGUUUGGGUCUUAUGGAAGGAACGUAAUUGUCGUACUUUUGAGGAAAAUUACAAUUACAAAACUGACGAAGAGUUGUGCAUAGAGGCAAAAUCUCUAGUUCUCACUUGGGCUGCAAGUUUUGGUAUUACAAUUUAUGUAAAUUACUUCUAUUCUAUACGAAACUAG